AUGCAGUUAGGCGUCACGGCCGAACUUCUUAACUUGCAUAUGAGGUCUGGCAGCGCAUGCAUGGUACUCUCCGAUCAAUUACCAGGGAAGGUGUCAUAUCCCAAUUCGACGCAAUACGCCAUUUCCAACAAUUACUGGUCAGAACCACAGGCCGAGGUCCAUCCAGCCUGCUUCGUGACGCCUGAAAGCGCAAUAGAGGUCUCCGAUAUUAUCAAGACUCUCACUUCUCUCGGGGCACAGUUCACAGUCAAGAGCGGCGGUCACACGGCGUUCGCAGGCGGAUCAAAUGUCGAAGACGGUGUCACCAUUGACCUCGCACGCAUCAAUCAGGUGACUGUAUCAGAUGACCGUCAGACAGUGUCCAUUGGAGCUGGAAACCGCUGGUACAAUGUCUCACAAGUGCUUGAUCCACUGGGUCUCGCCGUUGUCGGGGGCAGGGUCAAUGAUGUUGGCGUCAGCGGGCUCAUCCUUGGAGGCGGUAUCUCUCUCUUCUCCGGCGAGUAUGGAUGGGCUUGCGACAACGUGCGCAACUUCGAAGUCGUGCUGGCCUCUGGCGAGAUUGUUGACGCUUCCAUGUCUGAGAAUCCUGACUUAUACUGGGCACUUCGUGGGGGUGGAGGCUCCAAUUUUGGCGUCGUGACCCAAUUCGACCUCGUCGCUUUCGAGCAGGGAGAUGUGUGGCUUCAUAACCCCAUCUAUUCUCUAUCUUCCAGCUCAGAUCUCGUGACAGCAUUCGUGGACCUGGUUGUUGAUGGUCUACCAUCAGACCAUGAUGCGCACACGUUCUUCGUGAUUGCCAACUUCCCAGGAUAUGGCGACAUCAUUGCGAACUACAUGUAUCAUGCCAAACCUCCGACGGUUACAGAGGAUGUGCCGCCCGUAUUCGCCGACGCGAUAUCCGUUCCCGGGGCUGUUUCAACAACGACGCUGGUGGCCAAUAUUUCCACUCAUACGAUCAACCUUUCGGAACCCUAUGGAAUGCGCAAGUCUUGGGCAGGUAUUUCCGUCUACCUCAAAGAGGGCUCGGCUCAAUUCCUUGAAGAUAUUAUCCCGUUGUGGCAGGUUCAUGCCCAGGAUCUAAUGACUGCCGCCGGCAAAACGAACACAACAUUAUCACCUCUGCUCGUAUAUCAGCCGAUAUCAACGAACAUCAUUGAGGCUAUGCAAAAGAACGGCGGCAAUGCGCUCGGACUCACACCUGCAGAAGGUCCGCUCGUUCAUAUCCAGGUCACCACGCACUGGGAGACGUCCAAAUUAGAUUGCCUCGUGGAGGAAAGCGUAGCAAGGCUAGUUGAUGAAAUUGAUGCUCUUGCAGAGGAGAGAGGCCUUGCGGCAAAGUAUAUCUACAUGAACUACGCGGGCAAGCAUCAAGACGUUUAUGGAGGCUAUGGAUCCGAGAACCGCGACCGGUUGAGGAAGAUUUCCAAUGUCUACGACCCGGAGAGAUUAUUCGAAAGGCUAUGGAGGGGAUAUUUCAAGGCAUAA